AAGUCAUAUAUUUAUAAAUAAGAAAUAUAAAUGGCGUGUCAAUAUUUCAUAAGAAGAUUGCAAGAAAUUGAAAACAUAAACUGAUUAAUUGCUUAUCAUGUUUUAAAUUCGUUUUUGUCGAAGUUCUAAAAUGUCGCGAUUGUUUUUGUCAGUUUUUGUGGUGUGUUUCACCGGUGUGAAUCUACAAUGUUAUGUUCAACCUAAGAUACAGGAUGGGUUUUCUGUGGAUAAUCUACAUGAGGGUGAGAAUCAGAUCAAACAGUUGACGUGUAUAACUUGUACAUGCAAUGGAGAUCCUAUAGCACAUUAUGUUGUCGAAUUGGUCAGCAUCAACUUCCCCACCUACUGUAGACGAUGUUUCUCCAUCUAUAACCUUACUAAUGUUAUUAUAGGGUCCCCGCCAAAUUACUGUCUUUAUUACGUUCCUGGUGUUAUACCUAUAUCUUAUAGAAGAGGAUCAGUGUUCGAUAUGACAGUUCGAUGUACCGUGGAAAAUACAGCUACAACACCCAUGCCAACAACGCCCCCUACGCCAAAUCCGAUACCAGUCCCAGUCCCAGUACCGGUACCAUCUCUUCCUGAAUGUACAGUAUUAACUACGGCAUCGUUGGGUGCGACAACAAUGGUGUCUGAAAUGCUAACACCAACACCAGUUACGACCAUAGAUCCGACGGUUGCAGACACUACAACGACAGCAGCUGCAGGCACUACAGUGACAGCAGCUGCGGGCACUACAGCGACAGCAGCUGCGGGCACAACAACGACAGUAGUGGCAGGCACAACAGCGACAGUAGUGGCAGGCACUACGGUGACAGCAGUGGCGGGCACUACGGCAACUGCAGCGGUGGGCACAACAGCGACAAUAACGGCAGACACUACAGCGACAGCAGCGUCGGGCCCUACAACGACAGCAGCGGCGGACACUACAACGACAGCAGCGGCGGACACUACAACGACAGCAGCAACAGACACUACAACUACAACAGCUGCAGAUACUACAGUUAUAGCUUCCACGAUGUCACCUCCGGUGCCGUCAGCUACGAGCUCCAUAAUGGCGGCAGCUGUGAGUUCUUCAGUACUCUGUACGAACCCAAGCUCAGCUACCCAACUCACUACAACUUCGGUUACAACAGCACCAGUCAUAGUCACCACACCGACACCAGGUACCAUACCACCAUUCCUUACAGCUGAGGGUAGGAUCCAGGUUCGGGUUAUUCCGAACAGACCUCCAGUAUUUAAUCCACUUGCAGUAAGUAUAACAAAGAAUGCCAUUGGAGUAAAUGAUGGGGGUAUAGUUUAUACAGUUCCUGUAACUGACCCAGAAGGUGAUCCAAUCUAUUUCACCAUGAGUGUUGAUCCACGGACUACAAACUUCUAUAUUGAUGGCAGUGGUAAUAUCAGAGCAGUGAAGACCUUAAGAUCUGAAUGUUCAGCCGCCGUUUAUACGUUUAGUAUCAAUGCUACUGAUAAUCUCCACGAUCCUGUUGGUCCACAUGUAGCUACUGUUCGUCUGUCUGGCACCAGUACCGCUCCUACGGCUCGAGGUCUAAACCAAGAAUUCUUUUACAAGGAAACACUUCGAGUUCCCACCUUCAUAGUUAAAUGGUCCGCCAGUAGUGAUACGAAGAAAACGGUCCUUAGUUACAACCCAACCAGUGCCAGAACCAGAUUCCGGGAAGUUGCAACGACAUUGAGAACUUCCCAAGAAAUGGAUUUCGAGACAUUUCCAAGAAUCAACAUCACGUUUACCUUCAGUAAUGACAACUGUCAAUCUAAAUAUUAUAUACUGAUUAGAAUCGGUGAUGAGAAUGAUAAACCUGUUCUCGGUCCAGCAGAACAAAGUUUAAAGGUUGAUGAAGGACAGGUUUUCGCCCAACCGAACUAUAUAAUCACUGAUGGAGACUUCAAUGACCGUCAUACUUUCAGUUUCUUUAGAGACCGAACUGGGGGGUAUAACAUUGAUCCUUUCACUGGAGCUAUAUCACAUCCUACAGGUGUAAUUAUUGAUAAAAUAAGAGAAAUGGAAGUCAGUUUUCAAGUUGUUGUUACUGAUGAAAAGAAUUCAGCUGAAUCUAACAAGAUUCUUGUCAAGUUACUAAUACAGGAUAUCAACAAUCAUGCUCCUGAGUUUAUGGUAAAGUCCUUCACUAGAACAGCUACAGCAUGUGAUCUACCUCAGCAACUUGAUAUAAAGCUAGAGUUCUUUGAUUCUGACUCCUCACAGAAUGGUAAUGCCGAUAUUUCAAUCAUUCCCGUCACUUCCGGUCCUCUUACUGUGACACCUGAUGGGACUGUUUACAUGACAACGAAUAUUAAAGCAGGAGAGUCUUAUAUUGUACAGGCCUAUGCUAAAGAUCAUGGUACCAAUCCUGGUUCAUUGACCAGCAUCGUUCCUGUUACCAUUACUUUAAUUGGCAAACCUUGUCCUACACCAGCACCCACACUCGCACCUAUACCCACAACUGCAGCUCCUAGCUCUGGUGGAUCAGGAACGGCCGGAACUGGUGGAUCUAGUGGAAGCAUCAACAUAAAUCAACAGAGUUCCUCAAAUAUUAACACCAACAGUGGUGGAAGUUCCAACAGUGGUGCUUCUGCCUCGGCAUCAUCAACAACAACUGGAGAUGCCACUGACUCCACAGCAGCAGUAGUUUUGGGAAUUAUCUUAGCUUUGGUUCUCCUAGCUGGACUACUUUACCUUUUGUAUAGAUUCUGUCUUCCUAAAUACUUCCCUGACGCUCAUUAUAGAAUUUCAAAUGCAUUUAACAGCUGCAGUGAGCGUUGCUGUCCCAGAAAAUAUAAUUUCACUGAACCAAGAGGACAUGAUGACUUCUUUAAAAACGAUUUUAACAACAAAAGUAACAAGAAUGUGAACCUCAGGAACAGCCGGCCACAGCCUUAUCAAUAUCCAUUAUAAAAAUAAUAGAUUUAACAAAAAUAGAAACACAAUAGAAAAUUUAGCAAAAACAAAUUCACUUUGAUGACAUUAAAAAAAUAUUCCUGGUUUCCUUUUUUUUAGUUUCAACAGCAUUUACUUUUUUUAUAUAUAGUUUUAAUACUUCUACUCCCUUUCAGAUAUUUUUACUCCUGCAUUUAAUUCAAAAAUGGUUUGUAUAAGCCAUUUUAAGUAUCGUUAUAUAUAUUUAAUGAUUAAAUAAUUAAGUUGUUAUUAAUUCUGCACCAUCGUUUUCCUUAUGAACAUGCUAAAAAUUGAUAAUCAUAUCGAUUAAAGGUUUUUCUAAAUUUCCAGUUAAAUAAAACGUAUAGCUCACUUUUUGUUGAUCAUCUAACAUGUUGAAGAGUGAAGAGUAAAAUAAAACUUCAGUGUUACACAGUUUCAUAUUUUAUUCGAUAUCUAGUAUUAAAAUAUUCAGUUUUGUGUAGUCAGAUUCAACCGGAGAAGAAAAACGUAAUUAGUACGCACUGUCGGUUUGUUUAUUUCUGCACAUACCGACAUAACCAAUGACUGUACUUUGGAUUGUGAAUUGCUAAACCUAUCUUAAUACAAGAUCAUUUUUUUUAAAAUAACAUAAUUUAAAAAGUUCGGAAGAGCUGAAGUUCCCCUUUAAUGUUUCGAUUAUAUCAAAUGUUUUAAUAUUUGUAUGUCACUUGUAGGCAUUUAUGACAUUAUCUGUUUCAUUACGUAAUGUACAUUAUAUACAAUAAGUAUAUUGUGUUUUAUUUUUAUAUGAUCAUUAUCUUCUCUUUCUACCUCAAAUUAUCGAAGUGUAUCAUUUAAUCUUAUCACCUUAUUUUGUUUAAAUCUUUACUGUCGUUAUGCACAAAAUUAAUUAUUUUAUUGCAUAUUUUUACUAUUCCAAAUUUAUAAAUUUUAUAAUUCUUUAAUACUUUUAUCACGCUCGCAAUUGUUACAGGGUCUUAUUUAAAUAACUUUUAAAUAAAGUUCAUUGAUGCUCAUUCGUGUCAUGUAUUUAUAGCAUGUAAUUAUGUUUGUAUUAUUCAUUGUGCCAAAUAAACUAGUUAUGUAGACA